AUCUGCGUCACCGCUUGGCAACAGGAGUCUGUCAGGAGAAGGGAGAAGCUGCGGGACGAGAAAUCCGAGGCUUCCUUGUUGGUCGUUACCUGUGAGAACAAAGAGUCCGCUUCAAACGUCUUUCAGUUAGUUUUACUUUUGUAACUAGGCAAAAUACGCGCGCAUUUUCACAAUGGUGAAGGUUUCUUUUAAUUCAGCUUUGGGACAGAAAGAUGUGAAAAAGGAAGACAAUAAUGAGGCUCUCAUUCCUGAAUACAAGGACCCGGAGGAUGACAUGCGAGUUCGGCAGCAGUCUAAGGCCUGGUGCUGGUGCAUGUGCCUGGGCCUGGCACUCAUGCUGUCUGGCGUAGUUGUGGGAGGAGCCUACCUGUACAGGUACUACGUGUUGCAGGAGGGUCAGGUGUUUGUGUGCGGGGUGGACUACAUGGAGGAGAACUUCAUGGUGCCAGAGGAGGAGGUGGACGUGGACCUGCCCUCUCCGGUCCGGAGGAUCCAGGAGAGGUUCCGCGUUUUGGAGGGUGACGGGGUCGCGGUCAUCAACGUCCCUGUCCCGGAGUUCGCUGACAGUGACCCCGCUGACAUCGUCCACGACUUUCCCAGGAAACUGACGGCAUACCUGGACCUCAGCCUGAACAAAUGCUACGUCAUCCCCCUCAACACCUCCGUCGUCAUGCCCCCCAAGGACUUACUGGAGCUGUUGGUCAACAUCAAGGCUGGGACGUACCUGCCACAGUCCUACCUGAUCCAUGAGCAGAUGGUCGUGACAGAGCGGAUAGACGAUGUGGACCAGCUGGGAUACUUCAUCUACAACCUCUGCCGUGGCAAGGACACAUACAGACUGGAGCGCAAAGACACCAUACUGGGCAUGCAGAAACGCGAGGCCCUCAAAUGCAGCAGGAUCCGCCACUUUGAGAACAAGUUUGUGGUGGAGACCACCAUCUGCGAGCCAUAGAGCAUCUCCCCGGCUCACAGUCCACCACUUUCUGUUCACAAGGUCAAGUGUGGACAUUUAAAACAUAUUUUUAAUUAAAUUUUGUUUUCUAAAAGUGUUUUCUUUUGAAUGUGCUGAAUGUUAAUGAUUGUUCUUGUUUUUUUAAUGUACUACAGGUAGCUUGUGUGGGGGGUAGUCUAUUCAUCUAUAAGCAAUAUAAUGCAUCAGAAGACUACUGAAGUAUUGUCACUUAAGUGUUUUUUGAUAUGCAUUCAUAAGGACAAUACUCCUCAGGAGAGAAAGAGGGGCCUGGUGGCCCUCUGUGUCUGUUUAUAGGGAGUUGCCUAUAUUCUUCUUGCUCUUUCCAGAACCUAACUGCUAGUUUGAUUAAAAAGUCAACUUUUAAGGAAACCAGGUGAAAUAAAUUCUAUAUAUUAAGAUUAUUUAAAUGAACAGCAGCCAGUGGCAGACAGCUCAGAAAAAUGACUGUAGCUGAGUAAUUAAUCGACUGGAAUAUUCAUGUAUAAUCUGUAUUUGUAUUUUGACAAUGCACAUAAAUUAAAAAUGUUACACGUGAUAUGAAAUUUCAGUUUUCUAAAAUAAAACCUGGCUAUAUGGCUGGAUUAGUCCAGGGUGUGUCUUUAGUUUUUUAUAUAUCAAUUGUCUGCUGUAUCUAAUAAAAUAGACUGCCGAAAUAUUUUCCUAACAAAGAUUGACCAUCUUGAAAUAAUAAUGUAUAUGAUUAAUUUUCUUAAUAUGUGUAGCGUAAUGAAAGAAAAACUAAGAAAGCAUUAUUCCACCUUUGACACUUUUUUAUAGUACAAAGAAGAAAUUGAUUCAUUCACUAAUACUUUGGGUAAAAAUGUUUAGAAGUAGGAUUAUGUUUCUUGUAAUAAAAACUUUGAAAUUUAAAAUACAAUUUUCCUUUAAGAAUCUUUUCAUUAAAAAUGAUUUCUGUGAUUUUUUAAAUAUCACAGAUCCCUGUUAUGUACUAAUUUGUGCUGUACAAUAACACCUGUGAAAAUGACCAAUUCUGCAAUAAAUCCUCUGUAGGUCA